AUGAAUGAAGACGAUCCAAACAAUAAAAGGCCCAUAUUUAACAAAUACACAACAGAGAAAAAGCUUCCUGUGUUCGAUAAGAAUCUGACAAUUGAAAAAGCUAAAUUUGAAGGUUAUCCUGUUCAGAGCACAUCUACACCUACAUUAGAACCUACACUGACGACUUCAGUCACAUUACCCAGCGUGGCCAGUACAAGUACACCUGUCAGGACAACCAAAGCCAAAGCAGAAGAUCGUCGUGCCAUGAAAAGAAAAAAAUUAUCUCAGACUGCUACACCUUCAGAAGUCUUUCAUCGCAAUUUGGUUGAUGCCGUAUCUAACGUGGAAGAUUCAGAUGAAAACGAACAAUAUGUGUAUCCUUAUUCAGGCAAUACAGAUGUUAAUGAUGGGAUGCAUCGGACGACUUCAUCAUCGCUUUAUCGACCUCAAUCGACCAAGUCAUUAGCCUACAUUACAGAAGAUCCACCUUCACCUACUACCAAAACUAAUCUACUAGGUGAUUUACUCAGACCUAUCUUUAAAGCCAAGUCAACCAGCUCCCUUCGACCUUAUGAAGAGCCAUUGGGCCGACCUAAAUUACGCAACUUCGUUAUGGAUCAUAGUACAGACAAUGGCUGGUUUUCCGAUGGUACACCCAUCAAACGACACUCCAAUAAGCGCAUGUAUGCCAACUAUCAUGAUGGAGGAUAUACCACAGACGAUGAAGAACAACAACAUUUGUUGCCUUCCACCAUACCCUAUGCCCGUCCAUGUUCACGAUGGAUAAAGAAUGCCAUAAUGCUAUUGUUAUUCUUGUGCUUACUGUUGUUUGUCUUAAUGACUUAUGUAGCCAGACCAUUACAAGAUAUUCAGGUGGCUAUGGGCCGUGUUCUUGGUUCAGACAAAGAAUUGAUUUUUGAUUUACAUCUGCAUGCGAUCAAUCCCAACAUGUGGACUGCGAGGAUAGUGGAUGCAGACAUGAGUGUGUUUGCAUUCAGUCAAGUCGUGCCCAUGUUUCAUACGGUGGAUCCAGCAGAAUAUUUAGGUGGAUUCUAUCAUUUUGAUGAACCCCUUUUGUUUGCUUCAUCUUUUUAUUCAGGUCUUCCUGUCACAGCCAUCAGUGACAUUCACAUUAAAUCGCCUGGUGCAGAUAAAAGUGGAAAUGAACGAUGGUCUCGUAUGAUAAGAUACCCUUAUGGGCUGGUUGUGAGAGGUGUACUGAAAUAUAAACCCUUGGGAUUCCUCAGUCCUUAUCCUCAAUCGAUUGCUAUUUGCAAUGUGGUGCGUGUAGACCCAACCACAGGCAAAGUAUCGGAUGAUCCAGAUCAAGGCUAUUGUUUUUAUUCCGUUUAA